AUGGUUGACCCCUCGGAGGCUGAGGAGCAGAAUAAGUGUAAAGGCCCACAGCUCGAGACACCAGCCGUGGCCGCUGAAGACCCUCGACUGCCAGAACAGGCCGAUGGCACGACAACAGAGGAGGAUGGUGAUGCCGGUUUUGAGACACCACCCACCGGCAGUUCUGAGCCGAGCCCCUGCCACGCUGCAUCCCACCCGGGGCCAGACACCACCUCUCAGGGGACCCCACCUCAGCAACCACAGACUCAGACAUCACCCAAGCUGCACCUGGACCUGUACAACUUCGACUCACCCGCCGCAGAGGGCAGCCGCUACGUUUUAACAAGCCCCCACUCUUUGGAGGCGUGUGCUCGAUGUGGGGUCAAACCUGUGGAGCUUCUGCCCCGCCCGUUGGCUGACUUUGCCCGGGAGGCCCCCGGUCGGUCCAUGCGUGUCGCGACAGGGCUGUUUGAAGUCUACGAGAGGGAAAGGCACGCCAAACUGAGGCAGUGCAGGGAGGAGAGGGAGAGGAUUGUUAGAGAGGAAAAACGGAGGAUUCUGCAGGCAACAGUCAAUAGCAGCAGCAGUGCGUCAUCCUCCUCUGUGGAGCAGCAGCACAAAGCCUCCUCUGCCUCCACGCAACCUCCUAAAUCUGGGCCGGUGACCUCUAGCUCAGCCGCUGAUUUUGCAGCAUCCUCUAGAGCUACAGCAUCAGGUCCAACCUCUAAAACAGGCACAGCUCUUUUAUCUAAAGCCGCCACCACCAGUCUUAGUCCCUCCCAAAAAUCUCUCCAUGCAGGGUCUGCUCAGUCCUCAAAAACUGGUUCCACACCUUCUACACCAUCCUCCAAGGGUGGCUUCCAAGGGCCUGCCAAGCAUCCUUUGUCAUCUUCAGCCGAACAAGUAAAAACCACCCGUCCGCUCUCGUCUGGCCCCCCAGCAGUAGUCAGGAAGCCCUCAGGCGGGAAAUCUUCAAACACUUUCCCCAGAUCCACACCAAAACCUCCUUCCUUCCCCAGAGCCAACUCUACGUUAACACCAUCUGUGUCAAAGCCUACAGUUCAGAGCUCUGGGACGCCUCUGAACGGGGUAACAGGAGGACAGUUCUCGCAGCACAACGGACAUCUUGGAUUUCAUUCCAAGGUGCGAGGAAAGAGCCAUUCGCUAGAGUCCUUACAGCGGAGGAUGGAUCCCGUCUGCUCUUCCACCUCCACCACCACAACUACUACUACAUGCACCUCAUCAGAGUCAGGUGCUUCCUCUUCAUACAGUUGGGAUGGUGCCCGAGAUCACUGGGCUAAAGUCUCCAGUCCUCGAGCUCGCACUAUGGCCACUUUCAACUCCCUGAUGGGCCGCAGCCUCAGCCUGGGCGACCUGAGCCACUCUCCUCAGACCACACAGAAGGUGGAGCGCAUAGUGAAGGAGGUGAAGCGUCGAGGCCUGAAGGCCGUGUCCGAGCGUGAUCGCAAGAUUGCGGCUCUGAUGCUCGCCAGAUACCAGGAGGAGGACAUCAUGAGUCAGACCCGCUACGUGGCUCACCUUCAGUGGGAUAGUGAACGCAGAAUGGAGGAACUACGGCGGGAGCAGGAGGACCGAGAGAAGCAGCGCGCUGUGCUUGAGUGCCAGCGGGUGUGGCAGACCCAGGUGUCGAUACGUCAGCGGCGGCUCAGCCAGCAGGAGCGACAGUCAGCAGCUGCCAAAAUGCGCCAGGCUGAGGAGAACGAGGAGCGAUGGAGGGAGCUUUCAGAGCAGCAGGAGCGUAGUCGCCUGCUGAGGUUACAGCAGGCGGCACGAGAGGAGAAGCAUAAGAAAGCCCUUCAGGAACAGAACCUGAAGGCACUGGAGGAGGAGAGGGCGGCCAUGCUGGAGCAGGAGAGGCUGCUGCUGAAAGAGAAGCUCACCAUGGCCGAGCUGAAGAGGCAAGAGAAGGAGCACCAGGCCCAGGAGGACAGACGAGGUCUGAACAAAGCAGAGAAGAGACGUCAUGCCGCCCUGAUACAGGAGAUCGCCCGCAGAGAGCAGGAGGAGAGGGAGGAGGCCAGGAGGGCGGCGGAGGAGAAGCUCAGCCGCUCCCUGGAGAAUUACGAACAGAUCGUUGAGCGUCGAGGGCAGGAGCUGAAAGAAAAGGCCAAGCGUGAGGAGAGGCAGAUCCAGAAAGCACGCAAGGCGGCAGAGAAGCGUGAGAAGCAACAGCAGCAGCUUCUGGAAGCUCGAGUCAAGGAGGCGGAAAAACGAGCCCAGCAGGCGGCUCUAGUGGCCGAGGAGAGGGCCAAAGAGAAGGCUCAGCGGGCCGUCCAGAGCCGGCAGGAGAAGGAACGACUCCAGAGGCUCAACAGGCAGCGAGUGGAAGAGGAGGAGAAGCAGAGGCGCCUGGAGCUGCUGCAGUCCAUCGAGAGGAAGCUGGAGAAGAGCGAGCAAAUCUUCAAGGAGAAGAGGGCGGUGCUGGAGAGCGCUCGCUCUGUGGCCCGAGCCUCUUUUCAUGUGCGAGACAAAGUGCGGGAGGAGACCAACAUGCGUACUUUUGAUAAAAUGGCCCUGGAAGCUCAACUCAAAGCCAGCCUGGAUGAGAAAUAG